GGAAAAAAGUGGUGCGCAGUACAACACAAACACUGGAUGGCGAGCGAAUCGUUGAAUGGCAUGUAACAAUCUAGCGUUUGAACAAGUUUUUCACUUAUAUUAUCGUCAUAUUACGAAUAGUUGUGCUAUUGAACCUGUAAACCAGUAUCCAAGACAUGUCUGCUGUUUGUGUUUUUGACGUUAUAUUGCAAAAUAUGAGCUUUAGUUAACCGAGCAACUAGCAGACAUUAGCCGAUAGUUCUUUUCCGGAGCGCUUUGUUUCUAAUUAUUCAUCGCUUUAAACUUUAUUUAUAAUCCUCUUUGUAACUUUACUUGACCCUGACCUUGACAAUCAGAAUAAGAAGUCAAUAAUAAGUAGUUAUGCAAGCAUUUGCAGCAUAUGAAGACACGCUAACGAUAGUGAUAAUAGAUAACUCCUGUCAUGUGAUGAUCUCUCAAUAUCCUCUUUUUAUUUAGUGGGAGCACGCUGGAGGAUUAUUUGAGUAAGUUGCAUCGCUGGUUAUCUCUCUAAGAAAUUAGCCAUGCCUACCGUGGUUUUAAUGGACGUGUCCCUGUCCAUGACACGACCUGUGACUGUGGACGGUACCGAGGAGUUUCAGAGGAAGAAUCUGGCAGUCCACGGAUUAAACAUGUUGUUUGAACACAUGGCUUCAAACUACCGUCUGGAGUUCACGUCUCUGAUGGCCUUUUCAUCCCUCUGGGAGCUCCUGGUGCCUUUCACCAGAGACUACAAUGCAUUACAGGUAGAGAGCAGUUUGUUCACCUUAAUGGUGCUUCAUCCACUAAAUCCAGUAUUCUCUUUGGGGUCCCCCAGGGAUCAAUCCUGGGUCCUCUAUUAUUCCUAAUUUAUAUCAAUGACUUGCCUACGUCCUAUAAUAACCUUCUCCCCGUGUUAUUUGCUGAUGACACCUGUUUCAUAGAUGUUCAUGCAAACUUUGAGACUCUCGUUGCUCGAGUGAAUGAUGAAUUAUCUUCUGUUGUUAACAGGUUUCUGACUAAUAAGCUAACUCUUCGUAUAAAAAAUGUAGCUUUAUGAUCUUCUGCAACAAAAACAAAUCUUAUACUAAAGAAGAAGCCAAAAUAUCAAUUAUGGUAUCUUUAUAUGAACUAUUGUCAUUUUUUGUGGUGUGCAACAUAUCCAACUUACCUCUAGAAAAUAUUAUGAAUCCAGAAAAGAUUCUUAAGAAUGAUAUCACGAUCCAGCAAACACAAACCUUCUGCACCUCUCUUUUCUAAAUACUCCAUCUUACCGAUUAACAAACUCAGUGUCUUUCACUCUUGCUGUAUGUCCACAAGUUCAUCAAUAAGAAACAAGACCUUCCUGAAACUUUCAGAAACUUUUUUACCUUUUUAUCCGACCUUCACCCGUACUCAACAAGACAAAAUGGCCAUCUUCAGUCACCUUUCUGUCAAACUUCUUGUCAUCAGUCUAAUAUCACUUUUAGAGGACCGAAACCAUGGAAUAAUCUGGAUGCAUCUCUAAAAUCAAUAUCAUCCUUCAAAUCCUUUAAAAUAUCAUUCAAAUCUCAUCUAAUCAUGUCUUAAACACAUCAUUAUUUGUUAUGAUCAUGUCUUUUCCUUUUUAUGAAUACUUAUAUUGUCUCUAUCACUGGUUGAUGAUUAGUCUGUGUUCUGUUUAUGACAGUUUGUAUCUGUUUGACCUUUCCCUGAUAAUUGUGUAUUUAUAACCUGUCUAUGUCCUAUCUACUCUGUUGUUUGCACCCUGUGCCUUCACUGCCCUGACGGGAGUGGAACUCUGUCUAAGCCUAUCGGCUUCAUUCCCUCCUUGCACUGUUUUUUAAUCUGUGCUAAAUAAAUAAAUACAAAUACAAAUGUCUUAUAUCAUGAGGUACUUGUAAUAAGAUUAACAGCUUUCUGAUUCUCUUAAAAAUUUAUUACUUGGUUUGUAGAUGAGUUUAACAUUACUAUAUACAGUAUAUAUGUUUUUUUUCUGUACAGGAGGCUCUGAGCAACUUGGAAGACUAUGACAAGACCUGUGUUGAAUCAGCCCUUCAAGGGGUCAGUAAUGUGGUUCAGCAGGAGUGGGGCAGCGCUUGUCCCUGUCAGGUACUUUAUUUCUUUACACAAUAUUUACACACCUCUUCUUCUCCAUGUUGGUUGCAGCUACAUGUGCCCUUGCAUCUUGUUGCACAUGAUUGUGUUUAUGUACCAUGUCCUUUGUCCUGUAGGUGGUGCUGGUCACUGAUGGAUCUCUUGGUAUUGGGAAGGGUUCCCUACGUCACUCCCUCCAAACACUGAAGCAGCGUGGAGAUGACAAGAAGUUCCCGCUCCCUUUCCCUUUCCCUACCAAACUUUUCAUCAUGUGUGUAGCCAAUGCAGAGGAGGUACUGAAGCACAUGUGUUUGGGUGUUUUUUUUCUUCUCUUGGAUUUUUCCAUGUACUUGUAUUUGAAUUGAACAUGGAGCAUCAUGACAUGUAUUAAGUUUAGGGUAGUGGCCUCCCGUUAGUCAAAAUGUCUUAGAAAUUGUUCAACUGGUAGGGAUGAAAACAUUAAGGGCAGAUCAGUGCUUACAUUUUUCUUUCUGCAUAAAUAUAACCCCUUGUCUUUUGUUAUUUCAGUUACAGAUGACUGAUGCCAUGGAUAACUUAGAAGAACUACUUAUUCUCAGUGGAGGGGAUGGGCAGAUCUUCACUAUGGAAGGACCACUUUGCAUGAAGAGUGUACAGGCCAUGUUUGGGUAUGAUGCUGACUUUGAGAGUAAACUCUACAUAAAAGGAACUCUUUUUUCCUGUUUCACAUAUUUACUGAAGAAUCUUUAGUAAAUGUAUGUCAUUUUGUGUCUUUAGGAGGCUGAUUGAUCAUGCAUACUCUCCCUUCCAUGCUGUUCUGCACUGUGGGAACUUGUCCUCAGAUGUUCAGGUUUUCCCUCGACCUGAACCUGUUGUAAUGGAUGAGGAGGUGGAGCCCAUGCCAAGAACAGUCAAUACGGGUAUUUGCUCCACAUGUGAUUCAUCUGAGUUUAUAUCCUGUAAAGUUUAUAUCCUGUAAAUAUAUUUAAAGUAACAUCUCAUUCUGCUGUAUGUAUCCCAGAUUUGGAAAUUGUGGGCUUCAUUGAAAUUGCUGACAUCUCCAGUCCUCCUGUUAUAUCCAGACACUUGGUUCUGCCGACUGCUCCAAACAAAGGUUAGUGUUAAAAACUUUUUCAUAAAAAUCAACUUUUAUGGACAAAUCAGCUGUUUAGCACGUCCAGAAUAACCUACAUUUUCUAAGAUUUUAAGGUCAAACUAUGUUUAUUUGAAACAGAGCAGCACACAUAAGUUAAAAGUGAUCAAAUGUAUAAACAAGCUUGUCAUUCAUGGAAUUAUGUUUUCUUUAUACUUUAUUUCAGAAGUGGAUGAUUUAGGUACUGGAACUACAGAUGAGCUUGAAGAGGAACCCUCAGCCAGUCAAAUGGCGGGCAAAAGUCCAAACUUUUGUGUUCUUUUACACGGCAGUCUUAAAGUUGAAGGCAUGGUGGCUCUGGUCCAGCUAGGGUGAGAUACAACCACAUAAUUAAUAUGAAAUACAUUUUAUUGCAUGGUGUUUGAAAUUAUUGAGUAUGAUUGAGUCUUACUCGAAGUGAAUAAUUUACUGUUUUUUUUAAUUGUUAUGAACUGUUUCUGUUUUUUGGGGUUUAGGUCUGAGUGGUACGGCAUGCUCUACUCUCAGGCGGACAGUAAGAAGAAAUCGAACCUGAUGAUGUCUCUGUUUGAGCCAGGUCCAGAUCCUCUGCCUUGGCUUGGCAAGAUCUCACAUUUAGGACCGAUAUCAGGUAAACUUCGCCCCUUUAAAAAUGUGUGGUUGAUUCUCUGUCCGCUUGGCAUACUUUUAUAUCUUUAACUUGUCAAUGAGGGUAUAAUGUGCAAAUUGUAGGUCAAAUCUGGGAUAUGGCACCUUUAACCUGGGUGUAACUUUUUACGCACCUAUGAGUUGGCAAAUAAUUGUUUAUUACUAUAAAGGCUUCUCUGAAUGUGGACAUAACCGAGCAGUUAAUAAUUUACAGUUUUAUCACCAAGUAAGUGUACUUUGAUCAUGAUAGUGACUUCUCUCCCUGUCUCAUAUUUUAGAGGCUGCUGAAAAUCCUUAUGGAGAAGAUGACAGCAAAAGUCCUUUCCCUGUGCAGCCACAGGCCAAACGAAGCUAUGCCCAGAACGUCACUGUGUGGAUUAAAGCCAGUGGACUCCAGGUAUACAAGAGUCUCAGUAUAAGAGCUGGAUCAUUUGUUCAAGUCUUUGGAGAGACAGCAGUUGGUUUUUGUUGUCAGGGUAAUUUUUUUGGAAAGCGAGGUCUUCACAAAGUGCAUGUGCAGUGGUCCUGAGAGACAAGGGAUUGGGUCCCUGUAAUAUGUUACAAAAAAGGACCUUUUAAUGAUAAGUAAUGAUAGUUUUUACUGUCAUGCAUGAGAAAAGGCUGGAGUGGACUGAUUACCCAACUCACAAAUAAACUCUACAGCUAAGAUUUUAUUUCCUUUACAAAUAUCAUUCAUAAUUAGAUUAUAUAGGUUAUGGUAAUUCAGUGACUCUAACAGUCAUACUGUAUAUUGAUGCAUGCCAAAGUAUUUUUAUUCACUAGUUCAAGUGUGAUGAACAGUUUAAAAAUGUAUGCAUCAUCUCUAGUCUUUAAUGAUUCUUGUUAAUGCUGUCACUCUACAGACUGAUGUACAGAAAAUCCUGAGAAAUGCAAGGAAAUUGCCAGACAAAACUCAAACCUUCUAUAAGGUAAGUUUAGCUAAAUUUGCCUUUUGGUUUUUGUUGUUGUUCUGUAUAAAUGAUUCUGAUGUAUCUGUCAGGAGCUCAACCGUCUUCGGAAAGCCGCCCUGGCUUUUGGUUUCUGGGAGCUCCUCAAGGGAGUGGCUGAUCUGCUGGAGAGAGAGUGCACCCUGCUGCCUGACUCUGCCCACCCAGAUGCUGCCUUUCAGCUUUCACACGCUGCACAACAACUCAAACUGGCCAGCACUGGUGACUCCCAGUAUGCAGCUUUCGAUCACAACAUUGCUCCCAUGCACACAGACUUCUCGAGCUGAGCAACGGUGGAAUUAGUGAAAAUGAACUAAGACGCAGAGGCCCCAGCUCCGGUCUGAUGUGGAAACAGCAUUUGUGUGUCGAACAAACCCAAGAAAGAGGCGGCUUGUAAGACUUGUAUGUGGAAUCUAAAUAAGCCUGGUUCAUCACCUUCCUCCUUGUGGAGAAGCCCAAAAAAGGGGAAUAAUACAUGAUGUGUUUGUAAAAAUGUUCAUGUGUACAGAUUUUAUACAUGUUUCUUUGUAGGUUCUUUUCAAAAGUUACUGUAUUAAAACCGUUUUUAUUCAGUGCCACAUAACUGCCUAGAAAAGACUGCUGGAGCUUGAACUUAUGGUGUGAAUGAAAAAUAACACAAUAAUAGAAGAAAAGGAAGAGACACACACACAACUCCUUAACACAGGCUUUUAAGAGUAAAGGGAACAUGAUGCAUUAAAUUGUUCUUUUAGCAGUAA